CCGCGUGUGCUUGCCUUCCCAUUCGUUCGAGCGGUAAAUAAAAAGGUUGAGCGCUGUUGUGUUUCGCUUUUCUCUUCAUCGGUUCCUUCAGUCCCCUAACACGACUCCAACAGACCGGCUCCCCUAUUCUCUCUUACCCCACCACACACACACACUCACUCACUCACACACCUCCUCCAAUCUUUUUAAUCCUUUAUCAACAUGCGUGAAGUUAUCAGCAUCCACGUCGGACAGGCCGGUAUCCAAAUCGGUAACGCCUGCUGGGAGCUCUAUUGCUUGGAGCACGGCAUCUCUCCCGAUGGUACCGUUGCCUCGGACAAGCAGUCGUCCCAGUUUGAUUCCUCCUCGAGCACCUUUUUCUCUGAGACCGGCGCCGGCAAGCACGUUCCCCGUGCCAUCUUUGUCGAUCUCGAAGAGACCGUCGUUGACGAGGUCAGACGCGGCACGUACCGCAGCCUCUUCCACCCCGAGCAGUUGAUCAGCGGAAAGGAGGAUGCCGCCAACAACUAUGCCCGUGGUCACUACACCAUCGGCAAGGAGCUCGUCGAUGGAGUCCUGGACCGCGUUCGCAAGCUCUCUGAUGCCUGCACGGGCCUUCAGGGCUUCCUUGUCUUUCACUCGUUCGGUGGUGGCACGGGAUCUGGUUUCGGUGCCUUGCUCUUGGAGCGCCUCUCUGUCGAUUACGGCAAGAAGUCUAAGCUCGAGUUCGCCGUCUACCCCGCCCCUGAGAUGGCCACCUCUGUUGUGGAGCCCUACAACUCGAUCUUGACUACCCACACCACCCUCGAGCACACCGACUGCGCCUUCAUGGUUGAUAAUGAGGCCAUCUACGACAUCUGCCGCAAGAACCUGGAUGUUGCCCGCCCCUCGUACACCCAUCUCAACCGCAUGAUUGCCCAGGUUGUCUCUUCGAUCACCGCGUCGUUGCGCUUCGUCGGUUCCUUGAACGUCGACUUGACCGAGUUCCAGACCAACUUGGUUCCCUAUCCCCGUAUUCACUUCCCUUUGGUGACCUACGCUCCCAUCUUGUCUGCCAAGAAGGCUUUCCACGAGCAGCUUUCUGUCCAGGAGAUCACCUCUGCCUGCUUCGAGACCUCGAACCAGAUGGUUAAGUGCGACCCCAAGAACGGCAAGUACAUGGCCUGCUGUCUCUUGUACCGUGGAGACGUCAUCCCCAAAGAUGUUACAGCUGCUAUUGCCAACAUCAAGACUAAGCGUACUAUUCAGUUUGUCGACUGGUGUCCCACUGGUUUCAAGGUCGGUAUUAACGACCAGGCGCCCAGUGUUGUCCCCGGCGGUGAAGUCGCCAAGGUCCAGCGCGCCGUCUGCAUGUUGUCCAACACUACCGCUAUUGCCGAGGCUUGGAACCGUCUUGAUCACAAGUUCGAUCUCAUGUAUGCCAAGCGUGCAUUCGUCCAUUGGUACGUUGGAGAGGGUAUGGAGGAGGGUGAGUUUUCCGAGGCCCGUGAAGACUUGGCCGCCCUUGAGAAAGAUUACGAGGAGGUGUCAUCUGACUCCAUGCAGGAGGAGAUUCAGGAGGAGUACUAAGCGGUUUUCGCAUCUGAUAACUGCUGUUGGAAUUUUUGCAAAUACGAAGUGAAGCUUGCACAUCACCAUAUCCUAUUUGCAUCAAUUGUGUGGAUCAAAUAAAUACCAGAGAGAAUAAAGGACGCUUGUCCACGA